GCAAAGCAUUUGCUCUCUCUGAGAUAAGAUUUCCUCAUUCACUCCGGGUGUGUAGAACACAACAGUCUCGCCAGCGCUCAGAGCUGUGAGGAGCUUGUUGUGGUGCAGCACCAAAAACAGUCUCUUUACGGUGGAUUUGAAGUGUUUGCCUGAGUAUUAUGGACGCUCGAGGGGUUUGCUUGAUGCUCUGCCUUCUCCUGCUGGUACGCUGCACGUUCCAGCAGACCUCCUCAAAGAAAAGAAAUGGCAGGAAAGACUCUGCAAACAAUGCUGCAAUUGAGGAACUGAAGCAACAGAUUAAUGACAUCGUUCAAGAGCUGAAUGUGCUGAAGGAGCAGCAAGCUUUGCAGACGGUUUGUCUGCGAGGCACCAAGGUCCUCGGCAAGUGUUUCCUGGCUGACCCAGUGAAGAAGACCUUCCAUGCGGCCAGUGACGACUGCAUCGCCAAAGGAGGCAGUCUGGGCACUCCUCUGUCAGGAGACGAGAACGACCAGCUCUACAGCUACGUGCGUCAGAGCAUCGGCCCCGAGGAGCACAUCUGGCUGGGCAUCAAUGACAUAGUGACCGACGGCCAGUGGGUGGACCAAUCAGGCUCCAACCUGCGCUUCAAGAACUGGGAGACGGAGAUCACCCUGCAGCCAGACGGAGGGCGCAGCCAGAACUGUGCCAUCCUCUCCACCACAGCCAACGGGAAGUGGUUCGAUGAGAGCUGCAGGGCUGAAAAGGCUUCUGUGUGUGAGUUCAACAUCGUCUGAGGGCUGCUUUCUGACAUCAACAUCACUCUGUAUGAACAUUACAUGCUGCUUGCAGACAAAGAUGAAACAUGUAGAGCAUCAGGUACAUUUAUGCAGUACAUUGAAAAAUAAUGUUAUGCAUCAUUCUUAAGCUUCUCUUGGCCGAGCCACUCAGGUGUCAGCUGACUUCACACAGUGGUCUGGGAUACAGUACGACACUGUACAAGCUAAAUGCACUGAGACAUGAUACUUCACAUGCGUUCAAUAAACUUUAAAACCCUCCAGGGUGUUUUAUAACAUGUUCAUCAAGGUAAACACCACUGGAUGGCUUGUCUUUGAUAUAUGUAUUUUCAUGUCAUCUGUUAACCAAUGCAAUAAAACUUCUUUUUUUUUACUGAA